GCGCAGCCUCUCCCGGAGCGCUAGGGCUGGAUUCCCCGGCGGCCAGCGCUGCGAUCCCUCGGGCGAGCAGCAGGCGGCUCCCCGGCUGACGCUGCCGCUGCCGCUUCGGAGCGCACGGCGGAGGCGGAGGUUUGCUGCUCCGGCAGGCAGGGUGAAUGCCAGGGCGUCCCCCGCCUGCUGCACCGACCGGGGCGGCCGUGCGCCCGCUGCCUCUGCUUGCGGGCGGCGGCGGGGCCGAGCCGGGCAUUCCCCCCGAGCGUAUAGCUGCUUCUUUCUUCAGAUCCAUGAUGGAACAGUCCAAUUCAUUCUUGAUUGUUUGUAUUAGUUUUCUACUUGUUGAAGCUUCAGCGCACAAUGGAACCACACCACCAAAUAACACAACAACAAAGCCUCCAGAAGUGAACAAUUCACACCAGCAGCUACUGACUUCAAUGUUGAUCCUGCUUCUUGUGUUCAUCAUUUUCAUUCUUCUGGCUGGCUAUUUUUUCAGGUUCAGAAAACAUAGGAAAGCUGUUGUGACCUCCAGUGACAAAAAGAUGCCAAAUGGAAUCUUAGAAGAGCAAGAACAGCAAAGGGUGAUGCUGCUCAGCAGGUCUCCCUCUGGCCCAAAGAAGUACUUUCCUAUUCCAGUGGAGCAUCUGGAGGAAGAAAUACGGAUAAGGUCAGCAGAUGAUGGGAAAAGGUUUCGGGAAGAAUUUAAUUCAUUGCCAGCCCGAUGCAUGCAAGGAACAUUUGAAAUGGCAAAUAAAGAAGAAAACAGAGAGAAAAACAGAUAUCCCAACAUCCUUCCUUAUGAUCAUUCCAGAGUCAUUCUGACCCAAAUAGAUGGAGUUCAGUCUUCAGACUAUAUUAACGCUUCAUACAUAGAUGGUUACAAAGAAAAGAAUAAAUUUAUAGCUGCUCAAGGACCUAAACAAGAAACAGUUAAUGAUUUCUGGAGGAUGAUAUGGGAGCAGAAAUCUUCAAUUAUUGUUAUGUUAACAAACUUGAAAGAAAGAAAAGAGGAUAAAUGUUAUCAAUACUGGCCAGAUCAAGGAUGCUGGACUUAUGGAAAUAUCAGAGUUUCUGUGGAAGAUACUAUCGUUCUCGUGGACUACACCAUUCGCAAGUUUUGUAUACAGUCACAGCUUCAUGAUGGCUGUAAAGUUCCAAGGCUUGUAACACAGCUCCAUUUUACCAGCUGGCCUGAUUUUGGCGUGCCUUUCACACCCAUUGGGAUGCUGAAGUUUCUGAAAAAAGUCAAAACAUUGAAUCCUUCACAUGCUGGACCAAUUGUGGUUCACUGUAGCGCUGGCGUGGGUCGAACAGGCACAUUUAUAGUGAUUGAUGCCAUACUAGAUAUGAUGCAUGCUGAACAGAAAGUUGAUGUUUUUGAGUUUGUUACAAGAAUCCGUAAUCAGCGCCCACAGAUGGUUCAGACUGAUAUGCAGUAUUCAUUCAUUUAUCAAGCCUUACUUGAAUACUACCUCUACGGUGACACGGAACUAGAUGUGUCCUCCUUAGAAAAGCAUCUUCAAGCAUCGAACACCACAACACCACAUCUUGUCAAAACAGGGGUAGAGGAAGAAUUUAAAAAAUUAACAAAUGUUCGAAUAAUGAAGGAAAACAUGAGAACUGGCAAUCUGCCAGCGAAUAUGAAGAAAGCCAGAGUCAUCCAGAUAAUUCCAUAUGACUUUAAUAGAGUGAUUCUUUCAAUGAAAAGAGGUCAGGAAUAUACAGACUACAUCAAUGCCUCCUUCAUAGAUGGCUAUCGCCAGAAGGAUUAUUUCAUUGCAACCCAAGGACCACUUCCUCAUACAGUGGAAGACUUCUGGCGAAUGGUGUGGGAGUGGAAAUGUCACACGAUUGUUAUGCUUACAGAAGUUCAAGAAAGGGAGCAGGAAAAAUGUUUUCAGUACUGGCCAUCAGAGGGCUCUGUAACUCAUGGAGAGAUAAAUAUAGAGCUAAAGAAUGACAGUCUUUUGGAUGCCAUAAGCGUAAGGGACUUCAUAAUCACAUUCAAUCAGGAGAAGCAGAGCAGACUUGUCCGACAAUUUCAUUUUCAUGGAUGGCCUGAAAUUGGAAUUCCUGCUGAAGGAAAAGGAAUGAUUGACCUCAUUGCAGCUGUCCAAAAACAGCAGCAGCAGACAGGAAACCAUCCAAUUACUGUGCAUUGCAGUGCUGGAGCUGGAAGAACAGGUACAUUCAUAGCACUCAGCAAUGUUCUGGAACGAGUAAAGGCUGAAGGGCUCUUAGAUGUAUUUCAAGCUGUGAAGAGCUUAAGAAUGCAAAGGCCACAUAUGGUGCAAACACUGGAACAGUAUGAAUUCUGCUACAGAGUGGUACAAGAUUUCAUUGAUAUAUAUUCUGAUUAUGCUAAUUUCAAAUAAAACUUCCUGCCUUAUUUUUUAAUUUAAUAGUCUGUAUAAAUAUUUGUAAAUCAUGUUAAUUUAUACCAUAUUUUCCAUUAUGAUAAUUCCUACUGUAAAUGAUAUUGUCUGUUUUGCUUUAAAAGUCACUUUUGCUGUAUAAAAUUAUAAAUUACUCAAAUAGAAAUAUCUUUUAAUUGUAAUAAAUGUUCAUAUACAAAAUAUCACUAUAUAUGUUGUUGAAUGUUAUAUACAUUUUUUACCAAAUCUUGGUUUCAUUUCUCUCUUUGCAUUUUCCAGUACAUUAAAAUAUUUAUCAAUAUUAAUUUUAUUUCCCAAGUUUAGCAGCCCCUACAUUUUACAAAGCUAUUUUUUAUUUUAUAUUAAAUAAUUAUACAUAGCGAAUAUGUUUAAAGCUAAAUUAUUUUGCCUCUGACCUUUCUUUCACUGAAGUCAAUAACACACAAUUGAUUUCAUGAGUAGUAAUGUUUAUUAGGAGCCAGAUUCUGAUACCCUUACUCAUCUUCAAUAGCACCUUACUCUACAAAUAGUCCCAUUGAAGGCAAUGAGAUAAGGUGCUAUUUAGUGUGAGUAAGGGUGUCAGAAUCUGGCCCUCAGAGUGUAAUAACAUAUGCUCCAACUACAGCUUAAAAACAAACAUUAACAGCCACGAUUUUUAAAGUCAGUAUAUUGUACAGCUUUAUUUCAAGAUAAGUUGUCAGUUAGAAAUAAUUCAGUGUAAAUACAGAGUUUAAUAAAUUAUUUGAUUUAAAUGUAGUCUUGAAAGUUCAUUUUACUUUGUUUUUUUAUUAAAUCUAAUGUAUUUUAAGUGUUCCUUACUGAAAUACAGUUUUGUAAUUUGAGUGAGUUUCACUGUUUUGAAGAUCUUUUGCAUGUCAGAAGAUUAAAUUCUGCUGAGAAUAUUUUUGCUGCACCUGAGCUUCUGUCAACUAUUGCAAGAGAUUUUAUUCCUGUUGCCACAAACAGACACAGAGCUUGAUAUAAUAUGUAUAAUAGAGAGAGAGAGACUGAGACUUUCUGCUUGACUAGAAUAUAAAAACUUCUUAAAUUUUUUGAAAAAGCAUUUUAAUAUUGAAAUCCCACUGGUAUCAACAGUAAAGACUGUUGAUAGGAAAGAGCUCUUUUAAAAUGUAUAUUCUUAAAAUAAUGUCUCCAUAGUUAAAAAGCAGAUCUUUCCCUAAUAAAAAAGGGGUAUCUAUGUGUUUGCAUGUGUAUAUAUAAUGAAAUAUUUCAUAGACCUAAACAGGAUUUGGGGGACAGAAAGUACAAAAGACACGAGGCUUCUGAAUGUUGACUAUUUUAAAAAAUAUCUUUCUCAUCCUUUAAAAAGCUUAUAUAAAUUAAUGAGCACAAAUAAAUAUGAAAAUAUUUAAUGUAUAUUAAUAUCUAAUAUGCAAUAGUUCUGUCUUGUUUAAUUGGUUGAUUUUUGAAUGCAAGCAUAAAAGCCUUAUUUAAAAAUAAGCAAGAACAUUCUAGUUCUUGCACUAUUUAUCCCAUGUUCCUUUAUGAUAUCUGGAAAUAAACAAAAAUUAGUUAUUCUUUUACUAAUGCAAAGAGUAACAAAGGUGUUCACACCUCUCCUUUUAUUACAUAGUGAACUGAAAAUGGUUCAGGUUAAAAGUCUUUAAGCACAGUUUUGAACACUGCCAUUUACUGCUUAUUGUCUUCCCAGUACUGCACUGCUGUAUAUUUAUUUGUACAGUAAUUAUGCACUUAACAACUAAAACAAUUUGUUGCAAGACUAAACAGUUUGAGGUUAAUGGAUUAAUUCAAAAUGCAAAAAUCUGUAUUUGACUAAAGAAAAGAAUGUUAAAUAAGCUUUCAAUUCUGGCAUGGUGUGAAAAUGGAAAAUAUAUUAAAAUAAAAGGCAUCAAAUACAUGCAGGUACAAAAAGCCAAUACACUAAGGUGGUCAAUAUAAAUAUUUGUAGCAUAGGGAGCAUGUAAGUAAGAUACUAAAUUUGAUGAUGAUACGCUUAAUAAUUUCAUCCCUCAGUAAUUACAGAAUUAUUCCCAACAAUAAAUCUCAAAUGAUGGCUCAGUCUAGUUUUAAAUACAAACAGUUAUGCUUCCACUGUUUCUCUUGGGAAUAUAUUCUACGAUCUAAGUAGAUUUCACUGUUGAGAUUUUUUUCCCCUAGUAAUCAGCCUACAUAUUUUGUUUCACAUUUUCCCAUUAUUCUGUAGUGCUCCUUGGACAGCCCUUAAGAUCUGGCUGUGUUCAGAUGUUUGGUAGAUUUGUCUUGAUAUUACCUAACAAUUGCCUCCUGGAGUAGAACUCACGUUAGAGAGGGAGACAACCUUGUUAGAUAAUUUAAAUUAUCCUGAAGUGAGAUCUGCCAAUUCAGACCUAUAUGCCAGCACAGUUACAUUGACUUCCGUGUGUUCAGAAGGGUCCACUCUAACAGAUCCUUUUGCAGGUUUAGGACUCAGCUCUCUGUCUGAUUAAUGACUGCAAGACAAGGCAGCAAGUUAGCCUCCUGAUGCAGGAAGUAUCAGAUACUAAACAAAAACUAUGAUUAAUAUUAACCAAAAUGCCAAGAAAUUCCUGUUGUCUUUAAUAUAAAGACAUCUAAGGUGUAACAGAAGUACCCAUAAAAAUAUUUCAGAAGUGAGAAAUAUGGCUAAGCAAUUACAUGUUCUUAUUAUAAUUUAGAAAGCUUGUUUUCCAAUUCUUUUUAGCCAAAUAAGCUUGUUGUACUUAAUACAACAGUCUAAUAAAUAUAUAGGAUUAUCUCUUUAUAAUUUUUUUGUAUUGCAUGUAAUUGAAUUAAAAUGCCAAAUAGGGAUCAGAAAAUGUAAAUUCUGGUCCGUAUGCGUUAUUGGUCACUAUGUGACUUACUUUACUGUCUAUUUUCAUGUGUUACAUUAGGCCCCAAUUCAUUAAAGUAUUUAAAUAUAUACUUUAAGUCUAUCUCUACUCAGCAAAUCACUUAAGCAUGUGCUGAAGUACCAUUGGCUUUUGUGCUGCUGAAACAUGCACUUAAGUGCUUUGCUGAAUUGGGGCCUUAAUAAAGAAUGCAUACUGUAAUUACCAGUGUUUUUUAAAGUAUUUUUAUGUAUCAGUUUUUUAAACUUUUAAAAUGAGCCUAACCACCUGUGUUUUCAAUGUUUUGAAAUGUUUUCAUUUCCCUGGUAUCAUUUUUAAAGUAAAGUUACUGAAACUUUUCUGUGUAACAAAUUGUAUUUAAUUUGUCAAAUCUUUAUAAUGUAUGUACGUAUUGUACAGUUUCAGCUAUCAUUGAUAUUUUCUUUUAUUACAUUUAUAAUUUGAUCUUGCUGUGUUUAUAAUGCCAGUGAAUGUUGCUGAAUUAUUUGUAUAUGCAAAUUGCAAGAUCUAAUACAUUCUGAUGC